AUGCGAGCAGCUGAAAUUUCAGAAGUCAGUAAGUCCAUUGUCUCAGUCAUCUCAGUUAGCAAAUCGCUGAACUCGACACAGUACAAUAAGCCAUACAAGCUAGUCGAGAGAGAUGUUCCAGCAAUUCGUGACAACGAGAUGCUCAUCAGAGUGCACGCAGCCGGGUUCUGUCACUCAGACCUGCAGGUGCUGCAAGGGCAAUUCAAGUCACCCUUGGGAAUGAUACCAUCUCACGAACCUGCUGGCGUCAUUGUUCAGAUCGGAGCAGGUUGCAGCAGCGACUGGAGGGUGGGAGAUAGGGUCGGAGCUCUGAACUUCAAGAACUCAUGUGACAACUGUACUGGUUGUGGCCUGGCAAAGCGGACAAGUAACCGGCUGGACCCAAGGUUCUGUGACAAUCGAGAGACCGCAGGCUUCCAACACGACGGAGCCUUUGCUGAAUACCUCGUCAUAGACCCCGAGACUACAGUUCGCCUCCCACCCUCUCUGCCAUUUGAUCAAGCAGCUCCAUUGAUGUGUGCUGGUGCAACAGUAUGGGGCUCCUUAGAAAGGGCAACAGUUGGACUAAGCCGAGGAGAGACAGUAGCCAUUAUCGGGAUUGGCGGCCUAGGGUCCUUAGGCUUGCAAUUUGCGGGUUCAAUGGGAUUUCGCACGAUUGCUGUCGACAGCCGGCCAGCGGGGAGGCAAUUGGCUGUUGAGAUGGCCAACGACGGCUUACGCCCUGCGCUUGUCGUUGACUCAGGCGCAAAAAAUGCCACUUCCCAGAUCUUGGACUUCACCAACGGAGAGGGUGUCGCAGCUGUGGUGGUAUGCACGGAUUCCCUCCCAGCUAAUAACUGGGCACUGACUCUGUUACGGACUGGGGGCGUGAUGGGUGUCUUGGGCUUGCCUGCCGAACAAUGGAGAUUUGACUCCAGUGUGGUUGUAUUCAAAGAGCUCACGAUUCGUGGAAGCUAUGUUGCAAGCAGGGAUUCCACGGAAAGGAUGAUGAAGGCUGUGGGAGAGGCGGACAUCCGAUCUCACAUCACAUUGGUACCAUUCGAUGGAAUCCCUAGCAUUGUGGAAGCAUAUCAAGAUAGUACGUUCAAGGGUAGACUGGUCGUGCAGGUGACAAGUUGA